GCUUGUUAUUAUUCUCCAGCUGGGUACUUACCAGUUACGUAUUUCUCGUCACCAACUUUGCUGCAAUCGGAGUGGGCAAGCGAGCAGUAGGUCCACUGGUGGUUCUGGUAGUAACUUAGAUGAAUCUGGUUAGAUAAAAAAGGGGACUUGUGAGCUUCUUUGAAAUUAUCGCUAGGUGUACGAAGCAUAUAUCGACACGUGGUAAUUUAGAAAUCUCUUAUCAAAGUUUCAUUAUCUCACCACUUGGAAAAAACAAAGGGCUGCAGAUAUUCGUUCAUAACUUUAGAUUCUCGUUAAUUCUAAGAAAUGUAUAAAGAUCCAAGAUUUACAGACUAUAGAAAACCUCGUAAGUUUUAUGGAACUCCACUCAAUAAAUACAUGUACAGUGCAAUUCUUAUUUCUUCUGGUUUCAUUUUCACAAUUGCCUAUAAUUUAAAUCCAUUUCCACAGUUAGAGAGACUUAUAGAUAAAUUCAAAUUUUUACCGAAUGAAAACGUUGUUGGACCAAUAGAAUGGAACUUAGAGCAACAUAUAAAAGAAAGAAUUGAAUUAAGGGCAGAAAUUACUAAACAACUGCAGGAAAAUAAAGAAGUACCUACUUGAAGACAGUUUAACAUAGUCGUAAUAAUAUUAUAAUUAAAAAUCCCUUGGAAACAAAUACAAUAUGGACAUAGAAAAAUAUGAUAAAAAUAUGCCUAGAAGUGAUAGCGAAGUCGGUCAAUCUUCAUCUUUGGAUACUAAUACAAGUCUAGCGGAUUUUAAAUCUCCUAAAAAAAAACUAGUCCCAACGUUAAAACAGUUUAAUUUCAAAUUAGAAACAAAUAAAAAAAAAGAAACAAAGCUAAAGACCAAGUCGAAUAAAACUUUAAAUAAGAAAGCGAGUAUUAGCAAUCAAUUAAAAAAAAAUAUUUUCGAUGUUCCUAAGCAAACAGAAUCAAGUACGUCUAUGGAAAAAAAUGAAUCUACAAAACUUCCAAAUGAUGCGAAGAUUCUAUACAUGUGUCCAUUGUGUUUUAAAACUUUUAAGGAUACAAAUAGCAAGACGCUUCAUAUGAAAAAUUGUGCAACUCAAAAUAAUGUUUCUAUGAAACAAUUAUUACAAGCUAUGGAGUUACAAGAACGUCAAUCUGCUGAAAGAGCCUCUCUUGGAUUACUUGCUGCACCCGUAUUAAAAAAUAAAAAACAGACUACUAUAAAUAAAAUGUUUUCAACAAAAGAUCCUCAAUUGGAGCUUGCUCUUGCACUUUCUAAAUCCCUAUAUGAAGUUGAAGAAGCUGGAAGUUACGAUGAAAUAGAGAUUUUACAUUCGUCAAAAGAUUCUAUUAUGGAGCUUAAGUACAAAGAUCCAAUAGAAACUAGUCGAAUCCAAAAGAAAAAAAAAUCAAGCUUUGUAACAGUAUUACAAACUCGUUCAAAAGAAGAAAGGGAUCGUUUAAUAACUGAAAGAAUAGCUGAAAUUUUAAUAGAUAGUCAGACAUUUAACCAGAGCCAACAACAACUAGAAACUAAACGUGAAAAUUCAAAAAAGAACAAUUUGAGAAGUCGUACUCUUAAAAAAUACUUGGAUUUUGAUAGUAAAUUAUGGAAUUCAGCAAUGUUACAGCAAAAUCAAGAAGAUUUCUACGUUAUGGAUUUAUCACCAUAUGUAAUUCCAAGUACAAAACAAAUAUUUAUGGAAAUUGAAAGUGAUUCGAAUAUCACAAAUGAGCCAGAACCAAAAGAUUUAUUGCCAACAAAAUCCGAUUUAUAUUUCAAUAAAAAGGAAAGCGCGGAUAUAUCGCCAAAAGCGGAUGCAAAAUUAUCUUUAAAAACAGAACAAGGGAAUAUUAGCAUGCAAUCGUCUUUUAAUAGUUUAAUACUUGAUUGGGGAAAUGCACUAAAUAAUAGUUCGUCAAGUGAUACAAUAAUAUUUGUUAAUGAUGACAAACACAUUUGGGUACAUAAAUUGGUGUUUUAUGUACGGUGUUCUAAUAUUUUACUCGAUAUAAUACCAAACAAUAAUACAACUUAUUCGGUUAAAGAAAUGAUCAAUUGGGCCGACAUAGAAUAUCACAUUGCUUUGGCAUUUUUGGAAUUUAUUUAUUGUGGAAUUAUUAAAAAGCAUGCAAUUACUUUGACCGACAAGAUUGCCAUGUCUUCGCUGGGACGUUUAGCAAGAAGGUAUAAAGUUAAAGAAUUAUUCACUUAUUUACGUCACGAAUAUGCUAUUUUGCAUGAUAAAACUUCAGAAAAUUAUGAAUUUGAACUAGACGAUCAUGAUAUACAAGAAAUUUGUAAUAACGAUGAUGUUAAUUGUAUCAAUCAAAGUAUUCCUAAUAUUUCCCAAAUGGAAAUCUCGCAUGAUGACCUGUUAAAAACAAUUAUGAUAUCUUCGGAAAAAAAUAAUAAAUCUGAUUCGCAUUUGGAUAGAGAAAACAGUAUGUCUCCAGAUAUAUUCAAUGAUACGAAUGAUGUUCAAAUAAAUCAUAUGAAUACGGAUAAUUUAAAUAAAAACCUUGAUGUAUUGUUAAGCCCAAUUCAAAGCAAUUCAGAAAUUAAUACAAAUCAAAUCUUUUCUUCAACAGUAAACAAAAGUAAAUCUUCUAUCGAUGAAUGUGUACUUAUUGAACCAUUAACGGAAACUGCAAGAAAUAGUCAAUCAAAACAGGCUUCAAAUAUUUUAACAGAUAAAAUCAGAUCUGAAAGUGAUCUAAUAUUAUUUAUUGAAGAAGUCCAAAGAGAAAAUGAUAUAUCAGACUUUGAUUUGGAUUCUGAGAUAGACCCUUCAGCCAGUUUUAUUGAAUUUAAUGGAAAUCCAUUUGUAAAGAAGAUACGUAAUAAAUCUAGUGGUCUCGAUAAGCUCAAUAUUUCUAAACUUUCUUCAGAUCAAGGAGAAAAGAAAGGUUUCUUGAGUAAACUUGAAAAUGAUAUGCAGAAUGAUGCUAAUAAAAAUCCACAAUUAUACAAUAUUACAAUAGAUCUUACAUGUACCUCACAUGCUGAACAUAACCGUACAGAUUUAUUAUCACCAACAAAAGAAAUUAGAACUAGUUGUACAUAUAAUGAUAAACAUUUGUUAGAAAAAAUGACUCUAAAUUCACAAGUCAAUGGUGCUUUUAUAAAUGCAUCAUACCGUUCCAGUAGUGAAAUGGAUACAGAUGAUCCAGAUGUGCAUACAAAAAAUAAAAGAAAACUUGACGAUAAUAGUAUUGCUACAUGUCGAUCUGCUUCGAAAAAAUAUAAAAAUGAUACGACUAAAAUAAAAAUUGAUGAAAUAGAAAAUACUAGAGCUAUUGCAUCAAAUUCUGAUAAAGUUGAAAAUAAAGUAGAAAUUUAUGAUAUUUUGAAAAAUAACAGUUAUCAACAUAAAGACAAUUUUAAAGAACAAGAAACAGAUCAUUGGAAUAAUGAUUGCUCAGAUAUUUUAAAUUUAAUUUCUCCUGAAAUAUCUGAUAUUGAAAAUGAGCAUGUAAGUCCCUUGAAAUCAAGUAAUCCAAAUUCGAUUGUCGUAUCUCCUACCUCAGAGAUAAAUGUAGAUAGUCAAGAUAUUGAUGACUUCAAUAAAAAUGAGAAUAUUUCUUUUGUACGUUCAAAACUACAUGAUUCCGAUUAUGAUUUGCGCUAUAAUUUUUCGAAUGAAAUACAUUUUUCAAACAUUAAUAUCGAUGACAGAACAGAACAUACUGUACUAGAUAAAAAUGCAUUGCACGUUUCUUCAAGAAAUAAAAUAUUGAAAAAGAAAUGUAAAUCUGAAGAAAAUUUACAAAUGAAUUAUAUGACUGAAGAGAAAGAUCAAAUUGAUAAAUUCAAUAUCAAAGAAAAUAAUCACAAAUUAUUUAUAAAAAAUAAAUUCUUUACUAUUACUGAAAACGAUGAUACUGCACCACCAAAUUAUAAUAUUAUGAAUACUCCUGAGCUUCAUAGAGAGAUGGAGAAAUAUGGAUUAAAGGUUCAAAGCCGUAAUAAAACUAUUAAAUUAUUAACGUAUAUUUAUAACGAGUUACAUCCUACCAUUGAUUUAUGUGAAACAAUGGACACUAGCGCAACAAAUAUGUAUAAUGAUUAUGAAGAACCACAAAAAAAAAGAAAAAAGGCAGAUAUUAGUUUAUUGGAUAAAUAUAAUAACACCGAAUAUGGAUGCAAUGUAACUCUUUUAAAAAAAUGGGACUCCAAUUAUUUUGAUAAAAGAACGGAAACUUCAGGAGAAUAUAUCAAUAACAUUAAAAACGCCAUUACAUUAGAUGAUUGUGUUAAUAUAAAAGAAGCAUUUUCGAAAUUAAUUGAAUUUAAUAAAGAUCUGCAUAAUAAAAUUUUGCAAUAUGAACCAUUGAAUAUAGAAUGGUUGCAUCAAAUGUUAAAAACAGGUGGCUUUAAAUGCAAAAUUAAUGCUGUUAUCGAUUUUUUGGAUGAACAGGUAUUUUUUCUUUGCUAUUCUUGUAUGAUAUACUUUCGUAAUUCUUUUUCCCAAAUUUCGAUUAGUUCUUAUAGUAAUUAAAUAAUAACUAACAAUUUAUUUUAGUGUAUCACGUUUUAUAUACCUGAGAGUAAAACGAAAAACAGAAGUAGAAGAUAACAUAAUUCUAAUAGAUCUUAAUUUAAAUGAAAGUAUAUUUGAAUGUUUAUAAUUUUUUAUAAUUAUUACAUGUACUCUGUUUAAAUGUAGGUACAUAUAUACACAUAGAGUGAAUAGCAACAUGUUUUUUAAUGAAAUUAUGAUCGUUAUAAGAUAAAAUAAUGUCCAAUAAACAAACUAUAUAAUAUCCAUAUGUAUUUUAUCCAAUUUAAUGCAUAUUUUAUCGUAAUAUUACUUUUAUAUUUAGCAAAAAGUUUUAAUUGCUUUUACUUAGCAACUGCGAACCCUACACGAUCAUUUUCCAUAUCGAAUUCAGUAUAAUAACGUCCAAUGAAUACA